AUGAACUGUUCUGCGAUUAGACCCUCACAGGCCAAUGUUUGCCAAGAAAUGUUAUCCGAAUGCGACCUUGACCUUGAUCUCAAAAACGACCGGUAUCAUACUUACGAUGGGACAAUGGACUCGAAGUACCAGCCGGUGCGAUACUCAAUGACCUAUCCAGCCACUGAGCUCCAUAUUGCGAAAGCUCGAUCUGCUCCGACUGAGAUUUGGAUGGAGACGAAAGACAUGUUCGAGCGUCUCCAUCGACCCUUCAUUAGUUCGCAACUUCACUCUCUUCAGUGGGUUUACAAUAUUCUCGAUAAGAACCGAGAAAAGUGCAAUGAAGUGGAUAGAAUCGUCGUAGAAGAUCCUGAUCCAAAGACUGGUUUCCUCAUCGUCCCGGAUUUGAAAUGGGAUGGCAAGGACAUGAAGCAACUCAAUUUGUGCGUCUUGAUCAACAGGAGAGAUUUACCAACUGUACGGCACUUGAACGCCGAUCAUUUGGAAUUACUCGAGAAUAUUUUUAACAAAAGCUCGAAAGAAGUCUCGGCAAAAUACGGCGUCCCGGAAAAACAGCUCCGAAUGUAUUUCCACUAUCCGCCCAGCCACUACCACCUACAUGUUCACAUCACAUCAACGUACUUCGGCCAGGGCUGUAAUACCGAGCGCGCGAUUCUUCUGACCGAUGUGAUUGAAAACAUAAAACUCAAAUCAUCAUUUUAUGCUGAUAGAACGAUGUCACUGCCACUACGCGUUGGUCACAAACUGCACAAGAUUUUCGAAAACGAAUAA